AAUUGAGCUAGCUGAGAAGGCAGAUAUGGCGAUAAGGUGCGCUGGCGUCACCGCUGCCCGCUGUGCGCGGUAUUCGCACAGGUGUGCAUUGGGUCCAGCUGUCGGCGAUGUCCCGAGGCUACAUGGCAGAAGAUCACUGGGUUGCCACCCUUCCGCGUUCCUUCCGGAGGCUCCUCGGCCACACACGUUCUUCGUCAGGCCAUCAGCUGCACGAAGAUGGUUCUCUGCAAAGGACGGUGAGUGCAGCAUACAGACGACAAAGGAACACAUUCAUCGGAUUCGUGGGUGGAUUUGUCAGGAGCAGAGAGCGAGGUGCCGGUGAUAUCUAAAGAGGAGCUCAAGGACGUCAUAGCUAAGGGCUGCAAGCCAGCUGCCGACGAGAGCUUUGUGAUCGUCGAUGUGAGGGACCCCUGGGAGAUCCGCGACCAUGGCAAGAUAGACAAUGCCGUCAACAUUCCCCUGGCUGACAUCCCCACCGCCUUCCACUUCGAUGACGAAGCGUGGGAGGACAGGUAAGGCUGACCGAUGAAUUUGCGAGGGCGUGUAUCUAGGCACGUGUACGUGAGGGGCUCAGGUUUGACUUCCCGAAGCCCAAGAGCAGCGACACGCUUGUUUUCUACUGCAGGGCUGGUAUGCACACGGACGGAUGGAUGUGCCGAAGAUACACACACACGAAUCCGACAGGUUUGUUGCUUGUCCGUUGUGUGUUGGAUGAUCAGGUAUUCGCGCGGAAAGUGCGGCCAAGCUUGCCCAGCGAGAGGGCUUCAAAGUGCGGCAUUACAAGGGCUCAUACAUCGACUGGUUCGGCAAGACCUACCCCAUCGGAGACUGACUGACUGAUGGAUUGAUUGCCUAGCGGAUGAGCAUCUACUUAUGUGUUCGUGGUGGUGGUCUUGAUGGUCAACUGCAUGUGUAUAGCGAGGGCAGAUGAGGGCAGAUACGCAAGGCGGCGGUGUUCGUGUAAAGGCGAUCAGAGACUUUAUGCUGGAGUGCUGUGCAUUGCAUAAAGUGAGUGUUGUGAGUAUAUGUAUUUAUUAGCUCUGCAGUGUUAUCCUCUCAAUUUGGGAGACAUCAAUGGCAGAAAGUGUCCACAAGUGCUGGAGAGAGAUAGAGAGAAUCAGCCAGUCGUUUUGGUCUCAUGCAUAUUGUCUUUCCCUCACGACAAACACAACACAGCUUGCAAAUGCACAUACGGAUCCCUCCCGCCGAUACCACCCGACAGCCGCGACGCCAUAGGGAGAAAGCGAGGAAGGGAGAAAGGGAGGAGAGAACUGGCAACGUUGAAUAUGAGUAUGUACACAUCGAUACAUCAACCACCCUGCAC